AGCCCUCACCAAUGCGCAUGCGUGGCUCUCCGGCACCGGUCCGUAUUCCAGCGUGGUGAAGAUCUCGCAGGCGCGGGAUCCUGUGCGCGUCGCAGCCAUCACGCUCCCAGGCCGCUUUCCACGGACUGCGGGACUCUCUCCCCAAGAGAACUUCGAGGUUUCUUCCCCAGGGCCAUGGCCGACUUGAAGCUGCUGGUACCGGAGGUAAACGAGGCAGAGACGAUGAGCGCUGAGACGGCGCGUUUCGAGGAGCUGCUGCUGCAGGCCUCCAAGGAGCUCCAGCAAGCCCAGACAAGCAGACCAGAAUCUACACAGAUAAAACCUCAACCUGGUUUCUGCAUAAAGACCAACUCAUCUGAAGGGAAGGUUUUCAUCAACAUUUGUCACUCUCCCUCCAUCCCUCCUCCCGCUGACUUGACCGAGGAUGAGCUGCUUCAAAUGCUGGAGGAGGACCAAGCCGGGUUUCGCAUCCCCAUGAGUCUGGGAGAGCCGCAUGCCGAACUGGAUGCAAAAGGCCAGGGUUGUACCGCCUACGACGUAGCCGUCAACAGCGACUUCUACCGGAGGAUGCAGAACAGCGAUUUCUUGCAGGAGCUCGUGAUCACCAUUGCCAGGGAGGGCCUUGAGGACAAAUACAGCCUGCCACUAAAUCCAGAGUGGCGCAUAUUGAAGAACAGAUCUUUCCUGGGCUCUAUCUCCCAGCAGAAUAUCCGCUCCCAGCAGCGUCCUCGGAUCCAGGAGCUGGGGAACCUGUACAUGCCCGACUCCCCGAGACCUGAGAAAGGCCCUGAGAAGCCUCACCUGAACCUCUGGCUGGAGGCCCCUGACCUCCUCUUGGCCGAAAUUGACCUCCCCAAACUGGAAGGUGCUCUGGGACUGUCGCUGGAGAUUGGGGAGAAUCGCCUGGUGAUGGGGGGCCCCCAGCAGCUGUACCAUCUGGAUGCCUACAUCCCCCUGCGAAUCAGCUGUGAUGAGAGCAAGGCAGCCUUCCAUCAGAAGAGAAAGCAAUUGAUGGUGGCGAUGCCCCUUCUGUCCAUGCCUUCUUGACUGGGUGUCUCCCUGUGCUUCUACAUGGAGGGAAGAGGAUGGUGGCUUCCCUAAAAUUGAAAUAAAAGAUUUUUGCCUUUG